UACUCGCGUCUGCAGCAAUUCAGUUGAUAUUGCACCACAUUGCGUGCAUAGUUACGUGUGUAUCGGUCCUAGCUUAAUUUGCAAAACAAUGUGAAACGUUUUCUAAAGCAAAGUUAUAUCUUAAAAAAGAAUACUGUAAUCCAUCGCGUAUUUCACCGUAAUCGUUUGUUGAAAGCGCUGUUUGAAGUUUAUCUGAGUUUAUCCCUCGAGUCGAACUCACUGCAAAAAUGUCAAAGAUAUUUACGCCAACGAAUCAAAUAAGGCUAACGAAUGUAGCCGUUGUUCGCAUGAAGAAAGCUGGCAAGCGAUUCGAAAUUGCAUGCUACAAGAAUAAAGUAGUGUCUUGGAGAAACAAACUAGAGAAGGAUAUUGACGAAGUACUCCAAACACAUACAAUAUUCACCAAUGUAUCAAAGGGUCAAGUGGCGAAGAAGGAAGAUCUCAUGAAAGCUUUCGAAACUGAAGAUCAGACUAAAAUCUGUAAACAAAUCCUUGCCAAAGGCGAACUUCAAGUUUCUGAUAAGGAGAGGCACCUGGCAUUAGAGUCUAUGUUCAAAGACAUCGCCACGACAGUCGCCAGUAAGUGUAUAAAUCCAGAGACUAAACGUCCAUAUCCAGUUACCAUGAUUGAAAACGCCAUGAGGGACGAGAUACACUUUUCUGUUAAACCUAAUCGAAAUGCCAAGCAACAGGCACUGGAUGUUAUCUCACAAUUGAAAGAGGUGAUGCCUUUGGAACGUGUUCAAAUGAGGCUCAAAAUUGUCAUUCCAGAAAAAGAAGCUAGGAAAUUGAAGGAUAAAGUUGUUAAAUUUGCAACUAAAAUGGAAACGGAAGAGUGGGACAAUGGAUCGUUAACAAUAAUUUGCUUAAUUGAUCCAGGUCAAUAUAGAGGAAUAGAUGAAUUAAUACGAUCAGAAACAAAGGGCACUGCUUUAUUGGAAUUAGUUAAUUUAAAUGAAGUAGUCGAAGGAGAAGAACUCUUAACAUAAAUCAUGACUGGAAUUAUUAUCUUUUUAAACACACUGUUAUGCACUAGAGAGAUUCGUAUUUAUUAAUUAUAAUUUAUAUUUUAAAUAUAUGUUGAUAAUAUUGUUAUAACAAUAUGGCCAAUAAAGUAAUUUGCAUUUGUAUUUACAAGUUGAAUUAUGUAAAUUAUCUACAUGCAUGUCAACAGUAUUUUAUCAGUAUCUUACACUAUUCCUAUUAAAAAAUGCAAUAAACAUUUUUCAUUAAGAUUAAGAAUUACACUUUUAUUUAACUAAUUUUAUUCUGUUUAAAUUUAUUCUAUUUAUUGCAAUUUUAGAUAUGCAAGACAUAUCCAUUCCAAAAAUGUAAGUGUCUAUCACUUGAUAAAUAUCAAACACAUAGACAAACAUUUGAU